GUGUGCAAAACAGAAAAUGCAACAAUGAAAUCUUGGUCCAUUGCCUGGACUGUUGAAGUCACACGAUAUGCAUCAGCUUUAACACAUAGCUAAUUAGCAUGGUGCUACUUAGCAUCCCCUAUUCAUCCCCAUCUUUCAACAAUUAUACUACCUUUUAUCACUCGCAACGACAAAGCCAAAGCCAAAGCCAGAGUCGAUAUGUUAAAAUUGGUAUCCGAUGUGGGAUAGCAGAGCCAUCAGGGGAACCAGCACCAUUAGGACAGAAAACAAAGUACAAUGAUGGAUUGUUUGAGAAGGCAUUCAUGACUCUAUUCGCACGCAAGAUGGAGAAUUUUGGAGCCAGUAAAAAAGAGUCUGAUCAAAAGAAAAAAGGUUUUUUUGAUUAUGAUUACGAUAGUUUUGUGGAUGUUUCGCGGAAAGUGAUGCAGGGGAGGUCACGGUUACAGCAGCAGCAAGUUGUUCGUGAAGUCCUCAUGUCUAUGCUUCCUCCUGGAGCUCCUGCUCAGUUUAGGAAAUUGUUUCCACCAACCCAGUGGGCAGCAGAAUUCAACGCCACAAUUACUGUGCCUUUCUUCUUCUGGUUAGUUGGUCCUUCGGAGGUUGUCGAAGUGGAGGUAGAUGGGGUGAAGCAGAAAAGUGGAGUUCACAUAAAAAAGUGCAGGUAUUUGGAGAACAGUGGGUGUGUAGGAAUGUGUGUGAAUAUGUGCAAAAUACCAACACAAGACUUCUUCACAAAUGAAUUCGGACUUCCAUUAACAAUGAAUCCAAAUUUUGAAGACAUGAGUUGUGAAAUGAUUUACGGACAAGUACCACCGCCAUUUGAAGAAGAUCCUGUCUCCAAACAACCUUGUUAUGCGAGUAUAUGCACCAUUGCAAAUCCCAGCUCAAAUGUCUGUCCAAAACUCAGUGCGAAUUAGGUGGAGAUCAGUUUGGUCAAUUAUGCCGAUGGGGGG